CUGGGUGAGCAGUGCUUCCAUGUGGACGAUGGAGCUUGUGAACAGCACCCACGCCAGCACCGCGGCCUCCAGCAACCCCCGGGAGCCAGACAGCGACAAGGGGAACGAGUACUUCUACGUCCUCGUGGUCAUGUCCUUCUACGGUGUUUUCUUGAUUGGCAUCAUGCUGGGGUACAUGAAGUCCAAGCGGCGGGAGAAGAAGUCCAGCCUGCUGCUGCUGUACAAGGACGAGGAGCGGCUCUGGGGCGAGGCCAUGAAGCCACUGCCCAUGGUUUCGGGCCUGAGGUCGGUGCACGUGCCCAUGAUGCUGAACAUGCUCCAGGAGAGCGUGGCGCCGGCCCUGGCCUGCACCCUCUGCUCCAUGGAAGGGGACAGUGUCAGCUCCGAGUCCUCGUCUCCCGACGUGCACCUCACCAUCCAGGAGGAGGGGGCAGACGACGAGCUGGGGGAGACUUCGGAGACGCCCCCCAACGAAAGCAGCGAAGGCUCCUCGGAGAACAUCCACCAGAAUUCCUAG